AUGCUGGUUCCGGGGCACUCGGGUCUAAAGGGCUUUUAUUGCACGCCCGGGAGGGUGGGGACUGGAGCGGCUAGAAAACGGGAUGCCCAAGGGCGUAGGGACCCUUUUGCAGUGAGUUUACCUGGUGUGGACCUCGGAGCUUUCGGCCUAAAGGAGCGCUCGAGAGCCGGGGCGCAGCGGGUGCCGAGUGCUUCGCGCGCCCAACUCCCGGGGCAGGACAGGCGAGGCCAGGGCGCGGGACAGUGGCGGGCAUGGGGAGCCGGGCGGCGCUGCUGCUGCUGCUGCUGCUGGCUUUUGCCUCCUGCCUGGAGCCGGCCACUGGCCAAGGAGGUGCGGGGCGCUGCCGAGCGCGCGGUCUUCCACCUGCAGCGCCCCGAGCUCUCUCCGCGCGUCCCGGGCCCGUCGGCUGCAGCCCCCCGCUCCAGCCCCUCCCCGCAGGCGCUCUCGAAACUCGGUCGGGCGCUGACGGUGACCCCCCAAGAGACCUCAUCUCGGUGCGGAUCGUUUACCAGCCGAGAUAAGGCCCGGAGGUGGGAUUGGCCGAGAGCGCGGCGGGGCUCGGGCUGCGCUUUCUGCAAGGGGUCGCCUUUCCAGCCGGGAGGAUGUGAUGAAGACGAAUUUCGCUGUGCCAAUGGAUUUUGCAUUGAUAAAGACUGGAGAUGUGAUGGGACCAAAGACUGUCUUGAUGACUCGGAUGAAGUUGGCUGCUAUAUGUCUUGUGGGUGGAAAGAAUUUCGGUGUGAGAGUGAAAUGCAUUGCAUCCCUCGCCAUUGGAGGUGUGAUGGAGAAUCUGAUUGUGUUGAUGGUGCAGAUGAACAGAAUUGCACUGGCAUUCCAUGUACAAGCAGUCAGUUCUCAUGCUCCAAUGAUGAAUGUGUCCCAAGUGAAUUCAGGUGUGACCACGUUCAAGACUGCUCCAAUGGAAAUGAUGAGAAGGACUGCCAUUACAAAAUUUGUGAGCAGCUUACUUGUGAUAAUGGUGCCUGCUACAAUACCAGUCAGAAAUGUGAUGGAGUCAUCAAUUGCAGGGAUUCAUCUGAUGAAAACAACUGUACUAAUCAUUGCCUUCCUGGUUAUUUCCUUUGUGAUGGUAACCGGUGCUUCUCACCAGUAGUAGUCUGUGACCAUGAGCAAGAUUGUGACGAUGGCACUGAUGAACAGUCAUGCAACUUUCCGACCUGCAAAGGCCAUGAGUUCACUUGCAAAACUGGUGCCUGCAUUAGUCAACAUAUGAUUUGUGAUGGUAAAGUGGACUGUGCAGAUGGUGAAGAUGAAAAUGGAUGUGAAAGCUCUUAUGAUAUUCAUUCUACAUGUUUUUGGGAUGAAUGGGCCUGUCCAGAAUCUAUGAAAUGCAUUCCAAGAAGAAAAAUUUGUGAUGGAAUUAUAGAUUGUCCUGGAGGAUUUGAUGAAACCAACACGACUGCUGGAAAAUUUUGUAGUUCCAUUGCUUGUGAUACUUUAAACUGUGAAUACCAUUGCCAAAGUUCUCCAAGUGGAGGAUUGUGCUACUGUCUUCCAGGUUUUACUAUUGACCCUACAACAAACAAUCACUGUAUUGAUUUUGAUGAGUGCCAGGUGUGGGGAAUUUGUGACCAGAUAUGUGAAAACAGAUUGGGUCGUCACAAGUGCUUCUGUGGACAAGGAUAUAUCUUGGAGCAGAAUCGUCACUGCAAAGCUAAUUCUUCUUCUGGUAGGCCCUUCGUUAUCUUCUCCAAUGGUCAGGAUUUGCUAAUUGGUGAUAUAAAUGGGAGGAACUUGAAUUUUCUGGUGCGAUCUCAAAAUGGUGGAGUAGCUGUGGGUGUGGAUUUUCAUUAUAACUUGCAUAGAGUCUUUUGGACGGACACUGUGAAAAAUAAGGUAUUUUCAGUUGACAUCGAUGGUUCAAAUAUCCAAGAAGUCCUCAAUGUUUCAAUAGAUGAUCCAGAGAAUAUAGCUAUAGACUGGAUUAAUAAUAAACUUUAUGUGGUAGAAACCAAGGUUGGCCGUAUUGAUAUGGCAAAUUUAGAUGGGAGCUACCGUAUUGUCCUUAUAACUGAAAACUUGGGUCAUCCCAGAGGAAUUGCUGUGGACCCAACUGUUGGAUAUUUGUUUUUCUCAGACUGGCAGAACCUUUCAGGGAAGCCUGCUAUAGAAAGGGCUUUCAUGGAUGGCACCAAUCGUAGAAACUUGGUGAAAACAAAUAUAGGGUGGCCUGCUGGAAUAACUCUGGAUCUAGAAGCCAAACGUGUUUACUGGGUUGACUUCCGGUUUGAUUUCAUUGAGUCUAUCACUUAUGAUGGAACUGAAAGGCAGACUGUGCUUAAGGGAAUCUCACUGGUUCCUCAUCCUUUUGGAAUAGCUGUGUUUGAAAAUCAACUCUUCUAUACCGAUUGGACUAAAUUGGCUGUACUGAAGGCAAACAAAUUCACCGAUAAUAACCCGAAUAUAUACCACAAUUCUACCCUGAGGCCAUUUGGAGUGACUGUUUACCAUUCUGCCAGACAGCCUUAUGUUCCCAAUCCUUGUGACGACCACACCAUGGACUGUGAGCAGAUCUGUGUGCUCAGUCACAGAACAGAUAAUGAUGGUCUUGGUUACCGCUGUAAAUGUGGGCUGGGCUUUGACCUGCACACUGAUGGUCGCCACUGUGUAGCUAUCCAGAAUUUUCUGAUCUUUUCAUCUGAAGCAGCUGUUCGGGGAAUCCCCUUCAAUAUCUCUACCCAAGAAGAUGUCAUAGCACCAGUGACAGGAGAACCUUCUUUUUAUGUUGGGAUUGAUUUUGAUGCUGAGGAGAAUUCUAUCUUUUAUUCAGAUAUAGAAAAAGACAUGAUUUAUAAACAGAGGAUCAAUGGAACAGGAAUAGAAAUUCUUGCAGCUAACCAGAUGGACAGUGUUCAAAGUCUGUCUUUUGAUUGGAUGUCCAAGAAUCUCUAUUGGACAGAUUCUACUUACAAGAGUGUUAGUGUCCUGAGACUAGCAGAUAAAUCCAGACGUCAGAUAAUCCAGAAUUUAGAAAAACCAAGAGCAAUUGUAGUUCAUCCUGUUGCUGGGUACAUAUUUUUCACUGACUGGUUUCGUCCUGCUAAAAUUCUGAGAGCCUGGAGUGAUGGAUCUCACCUAUUGCCUAUAGUAAACACUACCCUUGGGUGGCCCAAUGGCUUGGCCAUUGAUUGGAGUGCCUUACGACUGUACUGGGUGGAUGCCUUAUUUAAUAAAAUUGAGCACAGCACCUUUGAUGGCUUAGAUAGAAGAACCCUGAGCAGUAUACAAGAUAUGGCACAUCCCUUUGGCCUUACUGUUUUUGGAGAAUAUGUGUUCUUCACUGACUGGAGACUGGGUUCUCUUAUUCGAGUUAGAAAAAACAAUGGUGGAGAUGGAACUGUUAUUCGAAGUGGCAUUACACAUAUAAUGCAGGUGAAAUCAUAUGAUGCCAGAAUCCAGACUGGUUCCAACUACUGUAAUCGACCCACCCACCCAAAUGGCGACUGCAGCCACUUCUGCUUCCCUGUUCCAAAUUUCCAACGGGUAUGUGGUUGCCCCUAUGGCAUGAAGCUGACUGCCAAUCACUUGACAUGCAUAGAAGACCCUAUCAGUGAGCCACCCAUAGAUAUAUGCGGCGCCUCAUCUUUCCAGUGUAACAACAGCAAAUGUGUACCUAGUCACUAUCGCUGUGAUGGAAUCAAUGACUGCCAUGAUAACAGUGAUGAAUAUCUAUGUGGAACAAUUAACAUUACCUGUGCGUCCACAGCCUUCUCUUGUGUGCAUGGAGGAGAGUGCAUCCCCGGUGACUGGAAGUGUGACAACUACCGCGACUGCACCGAUGGCAGUGAUGAGGAAAACUGCCACAACAAUGCAACCCGCCCUUGCCAUGCAAACUACUUCACAUGUGACAAUAAGCAUUGUGUCCCAAGGAAUUGGCUCUGUGACUCAGACAAUGAUUGUGGUGAUGGGUCUGAUGAAAAAAACUGCGGACCAACAAGUACGUGCCAGUCUGAUCAGUUUACUUGUCCUGAGCAUCGAUGUAUUGCCAUAUCUUAUGUCUGUGAUGGGGACAAAGACUGCAGUGAUGGAUCUGAUGAGUAUGGUUGUGUAAUUAAUUGUACAGCCUUUCAACACAAAUGUGUGUCAGAGAAUCGCUGUAUUAGCACUUCAUAUCGCUGUGAUGGUGUUUUUGACUGCAACGACCACUCUGAUGAGCUAGGCUGUCCAACCCGGCCUCCUGGUAUGUGCCACCCAGAUGAAUUUCAGUGCCAAGAAGAUGGCACCUGCCUUCCAGCGGAUUGGGAGUGUGAUGGGCAUGCGGACUGCAUCUCUGGAUCUGAUGAACAUAAUGGCUGUGUUUCUAAGACCUGCCCUUCAUCUUAUUUUCUCUGCAAAAAUGGACAUUGUAUCAAUCCAGACUGGGUUUGUGAUGGGGACGAUGACUGCUGGGACAUGAGUGAUGAGAAGGACUGUCCUACUCAACCCUUUCACUGUCCCUCCUGGCAGUGGCGUUGUAUCGACUCCCACAUCUGUGUCAAUCUGAGUGCGUUAUGCAAUGGCGUCUCUGAUUGCCCCAAUGGGACUGAUGAGUCCCCACUUUGCAAUGUGCAUUCUUGCUCAACUCAUAAUGGUGGUUGCACUCAUGGGUGUAUUCAAGGACCCUUUGGGGCUCAGUGCACAUGCCCAUCAGGAUAUCUCCUUGCCAGUGAUUUGAAGACCUGUGAAGAUAUAGAUGAAUGUAAUAUCACUGGCUUUUGCAGUCAGCACUGUGUCAAUAUGAGAGGUUCUUUCCGAUGCUGGUGUGAUCAAGAAUACAUGCUUGACACAGAUGGGAGGACUUGCAAAGCUACAGCAUCUUCAAACAUGCUACUACUUGUGGCAAGUGACAACAAAAUUAUUGCUGACAAUUUCACCCACAACACCCACAACACCUAUUCACUUUUACAGAGAAGUUCUCGCAUUGUAGCUCUUGAUUUUGAUUUCAUCAAUCAGCGUGUAUUUUGGGCAGAUGGAACUCGAGGCAAAAUUUAUAGUACAUUUCUGAAUGGAACAGAUGAAAAAGAAGUUGUUGACAGUGGUGUCACCCUGACUGAAAGUAUUGCAGUAGAUUGGAUUGGUGGCAAUAUUUACUGGACAGACUAUGCUCUGGGAACAAUUGAAGUCUCUGACCAGCUUGGAAAUCACAGGACUGUACUGAUUAGUAACAAUGUGUCAUAUCCAAGGGGACUAGUCUUAGAUCCCAGAAUUGAUGAUCAUGUGAUGUUCUGGUGUGACUGGGGCCAUCAUCCUCAUAUUGAAAGAGCCAGUAUGGAUGGCAGCUUGCGCACUAUCAUCGUCCAGGACAAGAUUUUCUGGCCCACUGGCUUAACUGUUGACUAUCCCAACAGACUGCUCUAUUUCAUGGAUGGUUAUCUCGAUUAUGUAGACUUUUGUGAUUAUAAUGGACAGAAUCGGAGACAGAUUAUAGCUAGUAAUUUGGCUCUAGGGCAUCCCUAUGCCCUCACGCUUUUCGAGGAUAUUUUGUAUUGGACUGACCAGAGAACCGAGAAAGUCAUGCAAGCCAACAGGUGGCAUGGAGGAAACCAGUCAGUUGUAAUGAGUGUGAAGCAGCCCUUUGGGAUUGUUGUGCUUCAUCCUGCACGACAGCCAAUUGCCACAAACUCAUGUGUCUCGGCCUCCUGUAGCCAUCUAUGCUUGCUUUCCUCCCAGAGUGUGCAGCGCUACUCCUGUGUUUGUCCUUCAGGAUGGAGUCUGUCUCAUGAUUCUGUGACUUGCACUAGAGAUGAGGAGCCUUUCUUAUUAGUUGCAAGAAACAGUAUAAUUUUUGGAAUAUCUCUUAAUCCUGAUGAGAAGAGCAAUGACGCCAUGGUUCCCAUAUCAUCACUGAGAAAUGGCCAUGAUGUUGAAUUUGAUGACGCAGAGCAAUACAUCUACUGGGUUGAGAGCAUAGGUGAAAUUUACAGAAUAAAGACAGAUGGUUCCAACAGGACCCGAAUUGCUUCUCUGUCUGGUUCAGGGCUUUCAAUAAGCCUGGCCUUUGACUGGAUAUCAAGACAGAUUUACUUCACCAAUCCUGAAACUCAGUCCAUUGAGGUUUUGACCCUCUAUGGUGAGACCAGAUACAGAAAAACCCUGAUUACCAAUGAUGGGACAAAUCUUGGAGUUGGUCUUCCUCUUGGUAUAGAUGUUGAUCCUGCUAAAGGAAAACUGUACUGGUCAGACCAAGGAACGGACAGUGGUGUUCCUGCUAAGAUUGCCAGUGCUAACAUGGAUGGCACAGGCUCUCAAGUACUCUUCACUGGGGACCUUGACCACUUGGAGAGUGUCACCCUUGACAUUAAGGAACAGAAACUCUAUUGGGCAGUCACCAGCAGGGGCGUGAUUGAGAGAGGGAACGUGGAUGGUACAAGUCGAACGAUCCUGGUAAAUCAUCUCUCUCACCCAUGGGGAAUUGCUGUCUAUGGAUCCUUCCUUUAUUAUACUGAUAAUGUCUAUGAGGUUAUUGAAAGAGUUGAGAAGGCCACUGGAGACAACAAAGUAGUCAUGAGAAAUAAUGUUCCAAAUCUGAAGAGCCUUCGAGUUUUUCACAAACGGAGUCUUUUUGGAUCCUCCAAUGGUUGUAGUAAUAACAGGAAUGCUUGUGAACAGAUUUGCCUGCCUAUCCCAGGAGGAUUGUUCUCCUGUGCCUGUACUACCGGAUUUAAACUAAAUUCUGAUAAUCGAACCUGCUCUCCAUAUAGCUCUUAUAUUGUGGUUUCUAUGCUGUCUGCAAUCAGAGGCUUUAGCUUGGACUUGUCAGAUCAUUCAGAAGCUAUGCUGCCAGUGACAGGACCAGGACGAAAUGCACUGCACGUGGAUGUUGAUGUUUUUUCUGGCUUUAUUUACUGGGGUGAUUUUAGCAACUCUAUUCGCACACGUAAUGCAAUCCGUAGAAUCAAGCCAGAUGGAUCUGGUUUUAUGAACAUCAUUACUGAUGGAUUAGGACAAAAUGGAGUCCGGGGAAUUGCUGUGGAUUGGAUAGCAGGAAAUCUUUAUUUCACCAAUGCUUUUCUGUCAGACACACUGAUAGAAGUUCUGAGGAUCAAUACCACAUACCGUCGUGUUCUUCUUAAAACCACAGUGGAUAAGCCCAGAGCUAUGGCUGUAGAUCCCAAGAACAGAUACCUCUUUUGGGCAGACUAUGGGCAAAACCCCAAAAUUGAACGUUCUUUUCUUGACUGUACCAAUAGAACUGUGAUUGUAUCAGAUGGCAUUGUCACACCACGGGGCUUAUCAGUGGACCUUACUAGUGGCUAUGUUUAUUGGGUUGACGAUUCUUUAGAUAUGAUUGCAAGGAUCAGUAAUGAUGGACAGAACCUUAAGGUGCUUUUUUAUGGCAGUCAUUACCCAACUCCAUUUGCCAUCACUGUUUUUGGAAAUUCUAUCAUAUGGGUAGACAGGAACUUAAAGCAAAUUCUCCAAGCUAGCAAGGACCCAGCACCCGGAGAGGCACCAAAAAUAUUAAGAGACAAUAUCAGUUGGCUAAGAGAUGUGACUAUCUUUGACCAGCAAGUCCAGCCCCGUUCUCCAGCAGAAGUCAACAACAAUCCUUGUUUGCAGAAUAAUGGGGGCUGUGCUCAUCUUUGUUUUGCUCUUCCUGGAUUGAACACUGCGAAAUGUGACUGUGCCUUUGGUGUGUUGGAAGCUGAUGACAAGAACUGUAGCACCCCGACAGAAGAUUUUUUUAUUUUUGCCUCGGAUAAUUACCUGAGAAGCUUACACAUAGACCCACAGGACCAUAGACCACCUUUCCCUCCAAUAAAUGUGGGAAGGAAUACUAUAGCUCUGGAUUAUGACAACAUAAAUAACAGAAUCUACUUCACUCAGUCUUUAUCAUCUAGACGUGGUCAGAUUGCCUAUGUCAACCUGAAUCCAGGGGCCAAUUCUCCCACAGUCAUUGUUUCAGGUAUAGGAACUUCUGAAGGCAUUGCCUUUGAUUGGAUCAACAAAAGAAUUUAUUACAGUGACUACACUAAUAAGACAAUUAACUCUGUGUCCCUGGAUGGGUCUAUGAGGAGUGUUUUAGCUCAUGUUACUGGGCCAACUGCCAUUGCAUUAGAUCCAUGCCGAGGGUACAUGUACUGGGCAGACUGGAAUACUAAUGCUAAAAUUGAGAAAGCCACACUGGGAGGAAACUUCAGGGAAUCUAUUGUGAAUAGCAGCCUCGUCUGGCCCAAAGCACUUGCUCUGGACCUUGAAGAUGACCUCCUCUUCUGGGCAGAUGGCAGUCUGAAUAAAAUAGAACGCAUUACACUAACUGGCACCGAGCGUGAGGUUGUAGUUGACACCGUCCUUGAUGCUUCUGGGUUGACUGUCUAUGAGCAGUACAUCUAUUGGACUGAUGGACUUGCACGAAAAAUUUACAGAGCUAACAAGUUUGAUGGGUCAGGUGUGACUGCAAUGACCUUAAGUUUUAACUCCAAACUUAUGGGCAUUAGUAUUGUUAUGAAGAAGCUGGAACAGCAUUGUGGCAAUCCUUGCGAGCUAUUUAACGGCGGCUGCAGCCAUAUUUGUGCACCAGGUCCCUAUGGUGCUGAGUGCCUGUGCCCACAAGAGGGUCACUGGUAUCUAGCCAACAAUAACAAACACUGUAUUGCGGACAAUGGCACGCGGUGUGCUCCAACAAGAUUCACCUGCUUUAAUGGACACUGCAUUUUACCCCAGUGGAAAUGUGACAAUGACAACGACUGUGGUGAUGGCAGUGAUGAGACAGAAAUUGUCUGUGCGUUGCACACCUGCGCUCCCACAGACUUCACUUGCAACAAUGGGCGGUGCAUCCAGUAUCGAUACCGCUGUGAUCACUAUGAUAACUGUCAAGACAACAGUGAUGAGGAAGGAUGUCUGUUUCCUAGCUGCAAUGCCACCUCAGAAUUUACUUGUCUUAAUGGAAGGUGCAUUCCUCAGCACUUAGUCUGCAAUGGGGUCAACAACUGUCAUGAUAAUGAGACUUCUGAUGAGAAAAACUGUCCUGAGCGUACUUGUCUGCCUAACUAUUCAAAAUGCCAGACGACCAAUUUAUGCGUUCCUCGUCAUUACCUGUGUGAUGGAGACAAUGACUGUGGAGAUGGAAGUGAUGAGAGCCCGAUUUUCUGUGCCUCUCAGGUUUGCAACAGCAGUGAAUUCCGAUGCUCCAAUGGGCGCUGUAUUCCUGGCACUUGGCGUUGUGAUGGACAUAAUGAUUGCCCUGAUGGCUUAGACGAACCUGACUCAUGUGAGUCCCAUGUGGUAACGUGUUCCAGUUCUCAGUUCAAGUGUGACAAUAACAGGUGCAUUCAGAGAAGCUGGAUCUGUGAUGGUGAUAAUGACUGUGGGGACAUGAGUGAUGAGGAUGAAAGGCACAACUGUGGCCAUAAUACCUGUCCAAGUACUUCAUUUUUCUGUGUAAAUAGUGUGCCUCCAGCAGUAACUUGUAUCCCUAAAUCUUGGGUCUGUGAUGGUGAUGCUGAUUGCCCUGAUGCCUAUGAUGAAGCUCAGAACUGUACCAGAAGAUCUUGCAGUGGAAGUGAUUUCACUUGUAAUAAUGGACUAUGCGUCCGACAGUCAUACAGGUGUGACCGACGCAAUGAUUGUGGUGACUACAGCGAUGAAAGGGACUGCUCAUACCCAACCUGCUCGGAUUCUCAGUUUACUUGUCAGAAUGGAGCCUGCAUUCCUAAGUCCUAUGUUUGUGAUUUGUAUAAUGAUUGUGGAGAUGACUCUGAUGAGCUUCCAAGCCUGUGUUAUACUCCCCAAACCACUUGUCCUCCCCAUAAGUUCCAGUGUGACAAUGGGAACUGCAUUGAAAUGGUGAAAGUUUGCAACCAGCAAGAUGAUUGCUCAGACUUCAGUGAUGAGAAAGGAUGUGGUGUGAAUGAGUGCAAUGACCCAUUACUCAGUGGCUGUGACCAGAACUGUACAGACACCCUCACCAGUUUCUAUUGUUCUUGUCGUCCUGGUUACAAGCUUCUGUCUGAUAAUCGGAGCUGUGAUGAUAUUGAUGAAUGCAAGGAGACACCCUUUGUCUGUACCCAGAUAUGUGAGAAUACAAUAGGUUCCUACAUCUGUAAAUGUGCUCCGGGCUACAUCCGAGAGCCUGAUGGAAAGACCUGUCGGCAGAACAGCCAAAUAGAGCCGUAUCUCAUAUUUGGUAAUCGCUAUUAUUUGAGAAAUCUAACUUUAGAUGGCCAGUUUUACUCUCUCAUUUUGCAAGGAUUGAGCAAUGUGGUGGCAGUAGAUUUUGACCGAGUAGAAAAGAGAUUGUACUGGAUUGAUUCUGAGAGAAGAGUCAUUGAGAGGAUGUUUCUGAAUAAGACAAACAGAGAGAUUGUCAUAAACUAUAAUUUACCAGAUGCAGAAAGUCUGGCAGUGGACUGGGUUACCAGAAAUCUCUAUUGGGUGGAUUCCAUGCACAAGUGCCUCUUCAUUUCUGAUCUCAAUGGUCGAUAUCGCCGCAAGCUGGUUGAGCACUGUGUGGAUGCCAACAACACCUGGUGCUUUGAUAAACCAAGAGGACUUGCCCUUCACCCUAAAUAUGGAUAUGUUUACUGGUCAGACUGGGCUUAUCGAGCAUACAUUGGAAGAGUAGGCAUGGAUGGAACCAACAAGUCUGUGAUCAUCUCUUCCAAGAUAGAGUGGCCCACUGGAAUAACUAUUGAUUAUACCACUGACCUACUCUACUGGGCUGAUGCUCACCUCGGUUAUAUUGAGUACUCAGAUUUGGAAGGCCAUCAUCGACAGACAGUAUAUGAUGGGACCCUGUCUCAUCCAUUUGCUAUUACCAUUUUUGAAGACAUGAUUUAUUGGACAGAUUGGAAUACAAAGGCAAUUGAAAGGGGAAACAAAUUUGAUGGGUCACACAGAACUUUCCUUGCAAACGUAACACAUAAGCCAUAUGACAUUAUUGUAUAUCAUCCAUAUAAGCAGCCCAUUGUGAACAGUCCCUGUGGGAUUCGCAAUGGAGGCUGUUCCCAUUUCUGCCUCAUCAAAGCAGGAGGAACAGGAUAUACUUGCGAGUGUCCAGACAACUUUAAAACUCUAGCCCUGGGUGACAGAAAUAUCUGCGUUCCCAUGUGUAGAAACACACAAUUCCUGUGUGCUAAUCUUGAAAAGUGUAUUCCUAUUUGGUGGAAAUGUGAUGGUCAGAGAGACUGCUCAGAUGGUUCGGAUGAAUCUGACACUUGCCCGCAGCGCUUCUGCCGGAUAGGACUGUUCCAGUGCAAGGACGGCAACUGCACCACCCCUCUGUCCCUAUGUGAUACUCACCACGAUUGCCCCGAUGGCUCUGAUGAAGACCAUGAUCUUUGUGAUAAUCAUCAGUGUGCCAGCAAUCAGUGGCAAUGUGCCAACAAACGCUGUAUCCCAGAAUCCUGGCAAUGUGACAAUGACAAUGACUGUGGGGAUAACUCUGAUGAAGAUAGCUCACAUUGUGCCAGCAGGACCUGUCAGCCAGGCUAUUUUAAGUGUGCCAAUGGUCACUGCAUUCCUCAGGCCUGGAAGUGUGAUGUAGACAAUGACUGUGGCGACUACUCAGACGAGCCCCUCAGUGAAUGCAUGGGCCCUGCCUAUCGCUGCGACAACCAUACAGAAUUCUCCUGUAAAACAAACUACCGCUGUGUACCCCAGUGGUCUGUGUGCAAUGGUUUUGAUGACUGCAAGGAUAACAGUGAUGAACAAAAUUGUGAGGCGAGGACUUGCAGACCUUUUGGGGAUUUCCGCUGCAACAAUCACCGCUGUAUUCCUCUUCACUGGAAAUGUGAUGAACAUGAUGACUGUGGUGAUCACUCAGAUGAGGAAAACUGUGUCCCCAGAGAGUGCUCAGAGAGUGAAUUUCGAUGCAGUAACCAGAGAUGCAUUCCCUCCCGAUGGGUGUGUGACCAUGGCAAUGACUGUGGGGACAACUCGGAUGAGCGUGAUUGUGACAUGAGGACCUGCCAUCCUGAAUACUUUCAGUGUGGGUCUGGGCACUGUGUGCCUAAUCAAUUGAAAUGUGAUGGUGUUGCUGAUUGUCUUGAUGCCACUGAUGAAAGCACAUGUCCUACUCGCUAUCCCAAUGGUUCCUAUUGUGCAUUUAACAUGUUUCAAUGCAAAAACCACAUCUGCAUUCAUCCAACUUGGAUAUGUGAUGGUGAUAAUGACUGUGGCGAUGAUUCUGAUGAAGAACUUCAUUUGUGCUUAAAUGUUCCAUGUGAAGCUCCGCAACGUUUCCGAUGUGACAACAGCCGUUGUAUUUAUGCACAUGAGGUGUGCAACCAUGUUAAUGACUGUGGAGAUGGAAGUGAUGAAACAAAGAUACUCUGUACUCCUCCAACCCCUCGACCUUGCACUGAAGAUGAAUUUAAGUGCAGCAAUGGGCACUGCAUUUCUCAGCAUCUGGUUUGUGAUAACGUCAAUGACUGUGGUGACAAUUUUGAUGAAAUAGGUUGCAAUAAAGGACAUGAAAGAUCAUGUAAUGAAAGUCUAUGUGAGCAAAAUUGUACCCAAUUACAAGAAGGAUUUAUCUGCUUCUGUAGACCUGGGUUCAAACCCAACACUUUUGACAGAAACUCCUGUGAUGAUAUCAACGAAUGUGAGGACUUUGGGGUUUGCUCCCAGAUCUGCCAAAAUACCAAAGGAAGUUAUGAGUGUUCAUGUGCUGAGGGCUUCAGGUCUGUGGACGAGAGUGAUGGACAACGGUGUGCAGCUGAUGGAAGUAAUCCCUUGUUGCUACUGCCUGAAAAAGUGCGAAUACGAAAAUACAACCUCUCAUCCGAGAAGUUUUCAGAUUUUCUUGAUGACAAGGAACAUAUUCAGACUAUUGAUUAUGACUGGGACCCCGAGGGCCUUGGCCUCAGUAUCAUAUAUUAUACUGUAUUAGGGCACGGCUCUACUUUUGGUGCUAUCAAACGUGCUUACAUGCCUAACUUUGAAUCUGGUAGCAAUAAUCCUGUGGUAGAAGUUGAUCUGGGUCUGAGGUAUAUUAUGCAGCCAGAUGGAUUAGCAGUGGACUGGGUAGGAAGGCAUAUUUACUGGUCGGAUGCUAAGAGUAAAAGGAUUGAGGUAGCAAAACUUGAUGGAAGGUAUCGGAAAUGGCUGAUUACGAGCGAUCUGGAUGAACCGGCUGCAGUGGUUGUGAAUCCCAAACUUGGGCUUAUGUACUGGACAGACAGGGGUAAAGAACCUAAAAUUGAGUCUGCCUGGAUGGAUGGGCAACUUCGGACCACCCUGAUCAAAGAAGAUCUUGGUUGGCCAACUGGCCUUUGCAUUGAUUAUUUUAAUGAUGACCGGGUCUACUGGAGUGACUACAAGGAGCAUGUUAUUGAAACUAUGAAAUAUGAUGGAAGUGACAGGAGAAUUGUUGCAAGUGCAGCAAUAAGCCCCUUUAGCCUGGACAUCUUUGAGAACUACGUAUACUGGGUUUCUAAGGAUAAGGGAGAAAUAUGGAAGAGAAAUAAAUUUGGCAGAGAAGAGAAUGAGAAAGUGAUGACUGUGAAUCCUUGGCUCAGUCAAGUUCGAAUUUUCCAUCAACGCAGAUAUAAUAUUUCAGUGUCCAGUCCCUGUGAAGAAGUCUGCAGUCAUCUCUGUCUUCUGAGACCUGGAGGAUACACCUGUGCUUGUCCCCAAGGUACCUCCCUUGUAGCAGGGAGCACCACCAUGUGUGAUGCAGCCAUCGAAAGUCCUGUGGUCAUGCCUCCCCCAUGCAGGUGUAUGCACGGAGGAAAUUGCUAUUUUGAUGAGAAUAACCUUCCCAAAUGCAAGUGUCCUGAAGACUACACGGGAGACAACUGUGAACUUGGACUGUCUCAAGGCCUUCCUCCCGGAACAACGGCGGCUGUGCUGUUGACAGUUAUCCUGAUCAUCAUUAUUGCAAUUCUGGCAGUUCUAGGCAUUUUCCACUAUAGGAAAACAGGCUCCGUUUUGCCAUCUCUGCCCAAGCUACCAAGUUUAAACAGUAUUGUUAAAUCUUCUGAAAAUGGAAAUGGGGUGACCUUCAGAUCAGGGGAAGAUGUCAACAUGGAUGUUGGAGUUUCUGGUUUUGAGCCUGAGUCUACUAUUGAUUCAUCUAUUGCAUUAAGUGACCGCUUUGAUAUGGAGAUGGGGAAGCAGCCUGUGAUAUUUGAAAACCCAAUGUACUCAUCCCAUGGUGGUGCCAUGAAGAUGGCUGAGCCAGCAAAGGUGACUGUAUCCGAAAACAUGGAAAAUAAGAUCUAUGGCAUUCCCAUGGACCCAUCAGAGAUAGCUCCAGACACAACAUCAUCAUCUACAAGUGUUGAUGGAACUCAGGAAACAAAAUGGAGUAUCUUCAAACGAAAAGCAAAGAAAAUGACCAACUUUGAAAAUCCAAUUUAUGCUGAGAUGGUGAAUGAACCAAAAGAUGGUGCUGCAGUGGCCCCAUCUCCAUCACCUUCUCUCCCGGCUAAGAGUUCUUCCAAAAGAGACCAAGCUCCUGCCUACAGUGCCACAGAAGACACAACAAAAGACACAGCUACUUUAGUUAAAGAAGAUUAUGAUGUAUGA